AUGUGUGAUGUUGAAAUGAAUUUAACUCGAGCUUUAUUAAAUCCAAUUGUAUAUGAUAAAUCAGUACGGCCAGCAGUUAGUCAUACUGAUGUAACAAAUAUUUCAUUUGAUCUAUCAUUAGCUCAACUUAUUGAUGUUGACGAAAAAAAUCAAAUUAUUACAACAAAUCAAUGGUUAACUAUGAGUUGGCUUGAUCCAAAACUUACUUGGAAUCCAUUAGAAUGGGAUAAUGUUAGUUUACUUCAUAUUAAAUAUGAUAAAAUUUGGUUACCUGAUAUUGUUUUGUAUAAUAAUGCUGAUAAUCUGGCAUCAUUGAGUCAAAUAUCAACAAAUGUCAUGGUGUCUUCGGAUGGUAUGGUUACAUGGUUAUCAACGGGUAUUUUUAGAAGUUCAUGUGCUGUUGAUGUUCGCUUUUUUCCUUUUGAUGAACAAAAUUGCUCAUUGAAAUUUGCCUCAUGGACUUAUGAUAGUGCUCGAAUCGAUUUAGCACAAAAAACAAAUAUCGGUGAUUUAAGUAAUUUUAUGGCUAAUUCUGAAUGGGAAAUUAUUAAAUUACAUGUGAAAAAAAGUGUUGUCAAAUAUUCUUGUUGCCCAGAAACAUUUCCUGAUUUAACUUAUGUAGUACAAAUGCGUCGUCGUCCAUUGUUUUAUGUAUUUAAUAUGAUACUUCCAUGUUUUCUUAUUACAACUGUUGCUUUUCUUGGUUUUUGUGUUCCAUCUGAUAGUGGUGAAAAAGUACAAAUCGGUGUAACAACUCUUCUUUCAAUGACCGUUUUUCUUAUGCUUGUUACGGAUAGUAUGCCGCCUAAUUCAGAAUCUUUACCCUUAAUUGGUAUUUAUUAUUUUUCUGCAAUUAUAAUUGUAAGUAUAGCAACAGCAAUGUCUGUUGCAUCUCUUAAUCUAUAUCAUCAUGGUAAACAUAAUCCUCAUCCAGUUCCAAAAUGGUUAGCUCGUAUAUUUUUUAUAAUUGUUCCUAAAUUACUCUUUAUGAAAAUUGAACUUCCUACAAAUUGGCAAGUUCGUCGAAGUAGUCUUCUUAAAUGCAUGUCAUCAUCACCAACUAAAACAAAGAAAAAACAAACCAAACAACCACCUAAUAAAUAUUUAGCAAAUAAAUAUGAUUGUACAAAUAAAAAUAAUAUUUUACAGAAUGGUAAAAUGACAUUAUAUGAAGAUUCUGUUGAGAAUGAUCCCACAAUCGCAACAAGUUCAUUGACAUAUUCUGAUAAUCUUCAUUCAUGUGAUUUUUAUACAUCUCCGCCAUUAAUUCUACGUUCGUAUACAUCAUUUCAAUCGUCAACUAAUUCAUCGAAUAAACAACAGCAUCAUCAUCAACAACAGCAACAACAAAAAUUUAAUGAUAAAGAUAAUCAGAAUUAUCUGCAUGAAUCAUCAAAUAGAAUUACGAAUAAUUUAAAAUCAUCUAUUGAUUAUAUUCAUCGUCUUGUUGAACAAAAUGAACGUCGUUAUGAACAACAAGAACAUCUAACAACAGUAGGACAAGAAUGGCAAAUACUAAGUCGAGUUGUUGAUCGUUUACUUGUUUUUGUAUUUUUAGUUAGUAAUAUACUUGUUUUUUUUAUUAUUUUUCGUCAAGCACCACUUUUAAGAUUAAAAUAA